AAAAAAAGAAAAGAACAGGAGGGGGGCAGCGUUCUGAAAUGCCGACUUGCGGGCGUGUGUGACAUUUUGAUGUAGAGUGUCUGAUGAUUUUCGUUAUGUAUCGAUUUAAUACAUAGAUAUUUACGAUAAAUGGAGUUUACCGAAAAUAGUUCUACAACCCCCAUAUAAGAUAGGAAGAUAUGGAUGCUGCAGUGAUAGAAAUCCUUCAACAAGCGGGUAGUCAAGAUCCUAAUAUUUUAAAACCAGCUGAACAAACUUUAAAACAAUGGGAAACUGAAAGGGGAUUCUAUACUGCAUUAUAUAAUGUAUUUUCUAAUCAUUCCUUGAGUAUCAAUAUUAGAUGGAUGGCUAUUUUAUGUUUUAAAAAUGGUGUUGAUAGAUAUUGGAGAAAAAAUGCUCCAAAUGGAAUUGCAGAUGAUGAAAAGGAAUUUCUUAGACAACGUUUAAUAGCAAACUUUGAAGAACCUGUAAAUCAAAUAGCUGUUCAAUUGGCAGCUCUUAUUGCCAAAAUUGCAAGAUAUGAUUGUCCUAGAGAGUGGCGUUCGUUAAUUCCAACAUUAUUAGAUGUUAUAAGAGGACAAAAUCCUUUGGCCCAACAUCGGGCACUGUUAACAUUACAUCAUGUUGUUAAGUCUUUAGCCUCUAAACGUUUAGCUCCAGAUAGACGACUCUUCCAAGAAUUAACCAUUAAUGUGUUCAGUUUUAUUCUGAAUUUAUGGAAUACAUACACAGAAUCUUUUCUUAUAAUGGCAUCAAAUGGAGCAGAUACAAAUCAGAUACAAGAAGCUUUAGAAAAAGCAUUACUUCUAUUAAGAAUACUUAGAACACUUAUUGUAAAUGGAUUUAAUAAGCUUUCAGAAUCUCAGGAUGCUAUGUCAUUUUUAGAAAUUGUUUUUGAACGUGCAAGAACCUGUCUUGAAUGCCGGAAAACAUUAAUAUCAAGAGGUAUAGAGAUGGAAGUAUGUGAUAAAUUCAUAAUUCAUUUGACUAAAGUAUUAAUAGGAGUAUUAGAAAUGCAUCCGUUUUGCUAUGUAGAACUAAUACCAACUUCCUUAGAAUUUUCUGUUUUUUAUUGUUUUACUGAAGCGGGUCAAGCUUUAGCUUUUGAAAGAUUUGUUAUCCAAUGUUUAAAUUUAAUGAAAGGCAUUUUGAUAUCUUCUUAUUACAAACCAGCUAAAGUUCUUGAAGAUACAAAAGAUCCAUUAACGUUAAGAGCAAAUCAGUUGAGACAAGAAUUUUUUACACCUGAAACAUUAACUGAAAUUUGUUCAAGACUUGUAACACAUUAUUUCCUUCUAACUCCUGCUGAAUUGGAAUUAUGGGAUACAGAUCCAGAAAAUUUUGUUGUUGAUGAUGGUGGUGAAUCAUGGAAAUAUAGUUUAAGGCCUUGUACCGAAUGUUUGUUUGUAGCAAUUUUCCAUCAGUUUGGAGAAGUACUUGUACCAAUUUUAGUUGAAUUAAUGCAAAGACAUCAUCAACCAGUUGAUCCAAAUAAUCUUCAUGCUAUUUUAGUAAAAGAUGCAGUAUAUAAUGCAGUCGGUUUAGCUGCAUUUGACUUAUAUGAUGAGGUAAAUUUUGAUCAAUGGUUUUCGACAACUUUAAAAGAAGAACUGAAAAUUCGAAGUAAUAACUAUAGAAUUAUUAGAAGACGAGUAUGUUGGCUUAUUGGACGAUGGACAACUGUAAAAUUAAGUGCAGAAUUAAGACCGGAAUUAUAUGAACUUAUGGUUGAAGUUUUGAGUCCUGAAGAAGAUUUAGGUGUUCGUUUGGCAGCAAGUGAUGCUUUAAAACUCGCAAUAGAUGAUUUCCAAUUUAAUCCAGAAGAAUUUUCACCAUAUUUAGAACCUGCAUUUUCUUUAUUGUUAUCUCUUUUAAAAGAAGUAAAAGAAUGUGAUACUAAGAUGCAUGUGCUAUAUGUAUUAUCAUUUAUGAUUGAACGUGCUGGUAGUGAAAUAAAUCCACAUGUUGGAACUCUUAGUUCAUAUCUACCAGCACUUUGGCAACAUUCUGAAGAAUAUAAUAUGUUAAGAUGCGCUAUAAUUUCAACACUUGUACAUCUGGAAAAGGCUUUAGGUCCUGAAAGUAUUGUUAUAGAACCUUUGGUAGUAGCUGUUAUUGCUUUAAGUUGCGACGUAAACCAAGAUUGUCAUGUUUAUUUGUUAGAAGAUGGAUUGCGAUUAUGGUUAGCUUUACUGGAAAACGCACCUGCGCCAACACCAGCUAUAAUGGAAUUGGCUAAAAAUUUACCUGCUGUUUUAGAACAAUCAUUUGAACAUUUAAAAUUAUGUUUGUACAUAGUUCAAGCAUAUGUAAUAUUAAGUCCUCAAGAAUUUUUAAGUCAAAGAGGAGCAGUUAUAAUUGAAACGCUUAGGUCAAUCUUAGGAGAUCUGAAUCCAGAAGGAGCAGUCAUGACAAUGACAGUGUUUGAACUAUGUUUAUGUGCUUCACCUCGACAAGGUGCAGAACUCAUUAAACCUGUUUUAAUAACUAUAUUUGAGAAUAUGUAUAGAGAGGAAGAAGUUAUGAUGACAAUGACUAUGUAUUUAUCUAUUGUGGCAAGAGUUCUAUGGUUUUAUAAAGAUAUUUUUAUACAGGUAAUAAGCGAAUUAACCAGAAAAAUGGGUAGAAAUGAAGCAAGAGAAGAUGCUGUAUUGGGAGAAAUAAUACAUAUAUGGGUUAAUCGAAUGCCAUAUAUUUCUCAGUUAGAAAGACGUAAAUUAUUAGCUCUUGCACUUUGUUCACUUCUUGGAGCUAAUAGUCCUCCUAGUGUUUUUCAACAUUUUCCACUAAUAAUAUCUAAUAUUGUCGGAACUCUUAAUGAUAUUACUAAAUUUGACGAUGUAAGAUGUGAACAUAUUGGAUGUGCUAUUGAUGGACAAUCUAGUCCAUCUCAAUAUGAGGAUGAAGAGUAUGGAAAUAAACAUGAACAACGGAAAAGAAGACUUGACUUUAGUGAUCCUUUAUCUAGUAUAUCUUUGAAAGAUACAUUACAAAAUCAGUUACUUACUUUACGCAGAUUAAUUGGAGAUAACCAAUUUAAUCAAUUGAUGUUAACCCUUCAUCCAGAAAUUGAUAAAGAACUUAAACUUUAUGUAUCUUUAUGAAAGAGGAGUAAAUCUAAUUAAAAAGAAGAAAAUAAUAUUAUAUUAAACGCGAUACGUGUAAAAAAAAGCUUUAUGGCGCUCUAUUGUAAAACGGCACUAUUUUAUUGUAUUAUAUUAGCUGUUUCACUGUACUAAUAAUGUUGAUAAUAAAAGACCUGUCAUUUCAAAAUUA